UGGUGUCUCCUGAGAUGGAGCAGACUCCACACAGCUUCCUGGUCUUUUACCAGAGUGAAGGGACUGAGCCAAAGUCCAUCUCUACUGGGUCAUGCAGCACAGUCAUCACAGGCCUGAAACCAGCAACUGACUACACUGUUAAAAUCUACACUGAGCUCCAACAUGGAGGAAAGAGCCAGCCUGCUUCUGUUCAGAUGAAGACAGGAGUGUGCCUCUCUGAUGUGCUGUCUGCAUUACACCUGGAGGACAACUUCAGACAGAAGCUCACACUCAGCUCAGUCCUGGAGAUCAACAGGUACACAGUGUCUGACAAGCCAGCACACAGUCUGAAGCAGCUACCAUGGACCUUCUUAAGGAAACUGAUGAUGUCUAAUUUAAAUGCAAGAAAUAUCAAAUGUGCACAAGACCAGUCAAUGUAUAAUUGUAGUCUCACUGAUGCCAAUGAUGAUUCUGAUGCCAUUAAUCCUCUAGAUUUGAUCACUGCUCUUUUCCACUGCUCAGAUCCUUUCCUCCAGCAGGAAAUGGUCUCCAAAAUGUCCAUGUGUCAGUUUGCUGUUCCUUUGCUGCUGCCAAACUGUGACACACAGCAGAGCACUCUGAUGCUGUGGGCCAUGAGAGACCUGGUUAAAAAGUUCAGACCUCUAGCAGGUGACACGACAUUUGUAGAGGGCAUCGUAGAAAUGGACAUCCCCAUGGUGUCUUUUGUUAGACUAGGAGAGAGCAGUCUGUCCAAAUCUCAAACUCUGAACAAGUUGCUCAGUAAUCCUCAUCAGCACAACGACACAUUUGUUCACCGUGACAUGGAGUGUGGUGAUGUGCCCAGGACAAUCUCAGAUGGUUUGGUUGAAGUCAGCUGGUAUCUACCCUGUGGGAAAACAAACAAUGACAUGUUCACACAGCCAGUGGCCAUAGCCAAUCUGAGAGGAGAUGGCAGGUUGUUUAAGACCCAGAUGUCCUUCCUGUAUGAGACCUCAGCUGCAGUUUUCAUCUUCAGUGAUGACCUAGAGGGAGACCUCAGCACUCUGAACAACAGGGAGAGCAGAGCUGAGCUGUUCCUUUUCACCAACUCUCAGAGUAAGACCUUCAACAUGGAGACACUCAGGGAUACAUGCAUGAAGCACAAGGUGAAAGAGACCAAUGUGAUCAUCAAGAAAAAGCAGAAUGAUGCAAACUUUGUGGAAGCCCUGCGUUUCAGAGUGAGUGGAGCCAUUAGUGAUAAUCCACAUACAAUGAAAGUGGAAGGGAUGGCUGCUGUUGCUCGACGUGUUGGUAUUCUUGUUGAUGAAGACGGGGAGAAUUGUGAGAAUGGCAGACGUCAUGCUACAAGCAUCACUGAAAAUAUUAAAGAUAUCGUGGAGUUCAAGAAGGACCAGCUACCUUUGCAUGGAAACAUCUGGAAAGAAAUCAGUUUGUUAGAGAAAGAGAUGUGUAGACUGAGAAAGGCUGACAGAAACCAGAGCAUAGAGUUCCACAAGAGUUCACUGAGUGUACAAUACAAGGGGCUGAGAGAACAGCAGAAUCGGUUGCAUAUGUCAGACGCCAUGGAGAAAUUCACUGCUGGAAUCUCACUGUCAGGAACACAGCGUCUCUACUUCCUGAAGUGGCUGAAGAUUCAGCUGGACACCCUCUCUAGACAUAACCUGUCCACACUGAGAGAUAAAUACAAAGACUGCUGUAGAAACACACCACAGAAUAAGGAGCUGAUUGCAAACUUAGAUGAGCAAAUCUCCAACUGCUCGUUGGGUCCUGAGCACUUCUUCCGUGAGCUGGGCCAGAUUUAUGAGUGUGCUUGUUCCCUUCCAGAAGACAACUCAGCCCCCAAAAAAGUCCAGUACCUACCUGCUCUGUGUGCUCAGAUGCUGCUGAAUGGGUUUCCAGUUGAGCUGGUCGAUGGAGACGCAUCAAACAUCCCAAUGAAGUGGAUAAAAGAGGUUCUGACUCAGCUACACCAGCUGGUGGACACCAAGAGUAAGAUCCGGGUGUUGACUGUGCUGGGAGUGCAAAGCACUGGGAAGUCCACCCUUCUCAACACCAUGUUUGGAGUGCAGUUUGCAGUCAGCAGUGGAAGAUGCACCAGAGGAGCCUUCAUGCUGCUGAUUAAAGUCUCUGAGGAACUCAGAUCUGAGCUCAAGUGUGACUUCAUCAUGAUCAUUGACACAGAGGGCUUAAAAUCACCUGAGCUGGCAGCAUUGGACACAAGCUACGAACACGACAACGAAUUAGCAACGCUGGUCAUAGGGCUCAGUGACAUCACCAUCAUGAAUAUUGCCAUGGAGAACAUCACAGAGAUGAAGGACAUUCUGCAGAUUGUGGUCCACGCCUUUCUCAGGAUGAAGGAGGUUGGGAAGAAGCCUAGAUGUCUGUUUGUGCAUCAGAACGUGUCAGACAUGUCUGCUCAUGACUGCAAUAUGAGAGACAGAAAGAAGCUGAUGGAGCAGCUGGAUGAGAUGACCCAAAUAGCAGCUAAAAUGGAGAAGAAAGAAGAAAAGUAUAAAAAUUUCACUGAUGUGAUGAAAUACAAUCCUGACAAAGACAGCUACUACAUCCCUGGACUUUGGCAUGGAACUCCCCCAAUGGCCCCAGUGAAUGCUGGCUACACUGAAGCUGUCUAUGAACUCAAGAAGAGUUUAAUUGGCUCCUUACAAACAUCUGAUAAUAUCAAGACUAAUGAUGUAACAGAGUUCCUCAGGUGGACUCAGGAUUUGUGGAAGGCUGUGAAAUUUGAGAACUUCAUCUUUAAUUUCAGGAACAGUUUGGUGGCAGAUGCGUACACAGAUUUAUGCACUCAGUACAACACUUGGGAGUGGUCUUUCCGAUCUGAGAUGAACAAGUGGCUUAUAACCAAGGAAACAAAGAUAUCCAAUUUUGGAGUGACUGAAAAGAAUGUCCAAAUGAAUCUCUUACGCACCAGGCUCAGAGAGUGGAAACAUGAGGCAUCAGAGAAGCUGCGUGAAGAAGAACAGACAAUCCUGUCCAACCUUGACACAUACUUUCAGAAGAAGGACAGCAAAGUGUGUUUAGUAGAGAAAUACAAACAGGACUUCCAAACAAAUCGCAUAAGCGUCAUGAAGAGAAACAAUACAGAUUACCAUGAGACGUACAUCAGAGACCUCCUCAAGGCCGUCGAUGACCAGAAAGAUCUUCAGAUUAGUGAUGAAUGUGAAACUUCUCUUAAGGUUCAUGUCUGUGGCUGUGCAGCGAUGCUCUUCCAGAAAUCACAUAAGGAAUUCAAUGACCGCAACGACCCACAGAAUCAUCUGCUGAAGUGUAAACCCAUAUUUCUGGAGAAAUUCAGAGAAUCGUUCAGUGAAAAAGAUCAGUGCCAGAAGAGAGCCAAACAAUUCACAGAGACCUGUGUGAAGCCAGCAGUUGAGGACUACGUGUCUAAACAUCUUGGGCAGGCAAUCGCAGAUCAUAUGAAGAUGGGAGAUGGGGGCGUGACCUACAGGGGAGUGACCUACAACACACGGACUAACCUUCUUCAUGACCUUUUUAAGCAGUUGUUCCAUGAUAACUCAUUUCAGAAGUACAAGGAGUACACAACAUCAUAUGAAACAUUUGUGAAAAACUGGAUAAAGGAACAAAUCAUUGAGGAAAUGUCAUCAGGUGAACAGAUGCAACAAUUAGAGAGAAAACUCCUUCCUGGGGUUGUAAAGAGAAUAACUGACAAGAUCACCAGCAUCUCCAAGAACAUGGACAUAGAGGAGUUCAUACGAAAGUUCUGCUCUGAGGAUCAGCUGGUCUUCCCAAGAGAUGCCUUAGACAGCUUUUUGAUUCUCCUCAAUGCCAAAACAGACCAGUUUGCCAUCAACCUCAAGGAGUUCAUUGAGGAAUUGGAAUCACAUUUAGCUCAGUGGUAUGCCAACAAAACAGGCAUCUCACACAUCACUGAAAGAAUUACACACCUGCCCUCUAAACCUCAUGAGCUGCUUUUCUCUGGACUGUGUGGGUGUGGGAAACAGUGUCCCUUCUGUGGGACACCAUGUGAAGCAGGAGGUCAGAUACAUGAAACACACUUCUCCAGCAUGCACCGAUCCGAAGCGUUUGCACAGUAUAGAUGGACUGCCUCCCAGAAGCUGGUAAUAGACAUUUGUACAACUUUAGUGAUCAGUGACAGUCGUUUUAAGAAUUCAAAAACGAGUGAUAAAUGGCAUCCAUAUAAGAGGUACAGGGAGAUCUACCCUGAGUGGGACAUUAGGGGAGACCCGAACACAGAGGCCUCAACCUACUGGAAAUACGUGAUGACGAAGUUCAACAAUGAGUUUGCAAAAGCUUACGAUGCCCUACCUGCAGAUAUCCCAGAGGCCUGGAAAACACUGACAGCAGAGGAUGCACUGAAAAGCUUGGAUAAGAUACAUAUAGUCGAGGUGCGGAUCGCCGAAUCCAGCACGGCAGAGGGUGGUCAAGAGGAAUUUGGUCCGGAAAUAGUUCUGAGACAUCCACAGGGUUCUGGGCUGAUUAAUAAGGAACUGGUAGCAUGGGCUGAAAAGAAGUAUAAACUCAGCAAACAAGAGGUACAGGUUAAGAAGAAAUAUAACAUCCCUGAGGCCCGUGGCUGGUGGCCAAAACGCAAAUUUCUGGCGGUGUAUGAGUCUUGGGGAAGGAUGGAGUGUCAGCACACCACUGAUUUGAUUCAACAGCUGAAACGAGAGGUUGCGGAACUGAAAAAGAAACUUGAGGCAUGUGAGUCCAGGGACGGACUGGCGUUUUCACCCCGAGGAUGGCUGGGUCCUCCAGGAGGGCGGGACCAACUUGGGGCGGUCGUAGGGAUGUACCCAAAUCCCUCAGCACCUCCCCCCAACUACGAACUGGGGAUGGCGUCCUCUGGUGGCCAUGGGGGGGAACCCACAAGCAUGGCGCUCCCUAGUGGCCAUGGGCGGGAUCCUCACACAAGCAUGUUUGCUUCCCCAGAUGACAGCUAUCCAGGAGACCACGUGCCUAUUGAAAGCACUCCAUACCCACUGCCAUACCUCUUUCAACAGCCCUACCGCCCUGCUCCCACUCCUCGACAACAACUUCAACAACAGGACCAGCACCCACCACAAAGCAACGAGGCCGCAGCUGUGCCUACAAGCCCCGACGCAGCCUCCCACACCGAGGAAGCAUCCACGUCUACAGGAGACUCCGUGGUGCGCGAUGAUAGGGACAUGAGCCUCACACGUGGUGCGGAUGGAGCUCACGGUGCCGCCUCUCGCAGGCAAGCAGCAAAAUUCGUGAUGUGUGAGGAGAGGGUUGAGGAUGCUGAUGAAGAGAUCAAAAAGCUAAGACCAGUCAAACGCAUGGAGAAUGUAGAAGGGACCACCAUUAUGUAUGAACCUGCCUCCCCGAAUCAGAUUGAGAAAUGGAGCAAGGACAUGGAACACCCAAAGAGGGGCGGACUGAAGCCAUGGAUGACACUCAAGGAACUGAAGGUGCUCUAUGACUUACAUCCUUAUGAUGCCCUGGCUAUCCUUCACAAACACCUCAACAGCUGCGAGCGCACACUUAUGCGUGCAGCCGUGGAAGAGGCCCUGGGUGCUCAAAAACUGGGCCUCGAUGCAGGAUGGGCCAAGAUCAAGGAUUGGAUUGUUGCCAACGCAAAGUCUCAACUGAAUUGGGCAAAAGUCACUGCCUGCUUACAAAAGAAGGGAGAAACAUUGGACGAUUUCAACGAUCGAUUCCUGGAAUGCUACACACUACAUUCAGGACACGCAGCGAAGUUUGAUUUGGACACACUCCCCUCAUCAACCGACACACCUCUUAAGACCUUGUACCUGCAACAGAUCUUGCCUGAACUCCAAAAGGGUAUAAAGACCAGAAUGACUUUAUGGGAAGAUGACAACAAGCAACUUCAAGAAGUCAUGAACGUUGGCUACCAAGUGGAAAGAGAUGAACAGAUCAAAAUCAGAGCCCUCACGCAACAGAACGGGGAGAAGAAACCCGCUCCGGAUAAAAAGAACACUGCUUGUCACAACUGUGGAAAGAAAGGUCACUGGCGCAGAGAAUGCAAAGAACCAAAACGCCCUUACCGUCCACAUAGCAGUUCGAGUGAAAACGACGCAUCGAACUACGCAAGGAACUACAAGGAUGACCGUCAACACAACGAUCCAAGGGACGACCGUGAGGAGGGCCGGAAACAAUGGAUCAGGAAACUUCAAGCAAUGAGCCUGCAGGAGCUCGAUCGACUGGGCCAACCAGAUGAUUGA